UCCCCCCUCCCCCCCCUUCACCUGCGGGCUUGCCCCCGCCGGCGCUGGCUGGCUGCCGCCGCGAGGGGGCGCCCCUGGUGGCAUGGAUCGCGACGAGAUCCAGCACAAGUUAAGCAAGAAGGUGGCGCAGCUUACGAAGGUCAUCUUCCACCUCAACACCAGGAACGACGAGGCAGACCUGCACUUGGCAGCCGUCACUGAGGCGUACGAGAAAGAGAUCGACUUGAUCUUGCAGGACGCCAAUGCCAAGGUCAAGAAGUUGGCGCAGGCGGCGGAGGCCGGCAGCAGCGGCAAGCUGCAGGAGCAGGUUCAGAAGAUCAAGGCCUCGUUCGAGGAGGAGAAGCAGCGGGGACUGCAGGAGGUGCAGACCCUCCGCGCCUCGGCGAGCAGCCGGGAGGGCAAGAACUCGCAGGCGUGGACCGAGCGCAUGAGCAAGAUGAGCGCCGAGGCCUUGGCGCUCAAGCAGCAGGUCGCGCAGCAGGCCGCGCAGUGCCGGGCGGCGCUGCAGGCCAGCGAGGAGCAGCGCAGGAA